AUGGGUGGGAUGUUUAGUAAAGACUCUUCAUCAUUGGAAAACAGAAAUCCUGGAUACCAAUCUCACCUGACCUCUUAUGAAGCCGCCUGUAGAGCCGACCGGAGCUUGCAAGAUUUUGACAAGACCUUGCACGAUCAAGCUGAUAGAGUUAUUAGGACACUAGCAGCUAGUGCUGAGGCUCAAUCCCUAGCAUUGAAAUCUAUAGGAGAGGCGACCACUGGCGUUCUUGAGAUGAACCGUGUACUUGCUAACAUCCUUCUUGCAUCCAAAGAAGACAUAUGGAAAGACAAAGAGCUGUCCCAUUUAGUGGAGUAUUACUUCAACAAUGGCUUACAAAUAUUAGAUUUCUACAAUUCCCUCGAGAAUUGCCUGAGGCAGGCCCAUGAUAGCCAGUUGAAUAUUCGACUCGCACUUGUGCACUUUGAGGAAGAGGGAGGAAAGAAUGUGGAAAGGGAGAGGUAUGCUGGGACAUUGCUGGCGCUCCAGAGAUUCAGAGAAGCUGGCGACCCAUUCACGGAAGAGUUCUGGAAGGGCUUUCACUCUGUGCUUAAGCAGCAGAAAGAGAUGUUGCCGAAGUUGGAGGCUUGUAUGAAGAAGCUUGACAAGAAAGUUAAAUCUGCACAAACUUGGAGAAGGGUGACCAAUGCCAUAUUUGUGACCGCCUUCGUCUCCACUUUGAUCCUCUCGGUCAUCGCGGUCGCGAUCGCUGCACCGCCUGUUGUGAUUGCUCUAGCUGCUGCUCUUGCAGCUCCAAUAGGGUCAGUUGGCAAGUGGUGCGAUUCUUGGUGGAAAAACUACCGAAGGGAACUAAAAGGGAAAAAGGUGUUAAUAGACAUAAUGUAUGAGGGAACUAAGAUCUCGAUUGAGGACUUGAAGACGCUUCGGUCGCUUGUGGGUAAGCUGGAAAUUGAGAUUGAGUCGAUCGUGCAAAAGGCCGACUUCGCUCUUGGAGAAGAACAGGAAGAAGCGGUGAAGCUUGGAAUGUUGGAGAUCAAGAAAAGGGCGGAAGAUUUCAUGAAAACUAUCGAAGAUCUCAGUACGCAAGCUGAUAAGAGUAGCCGCGAGAUACGGAUGGCGAGGUCAAUGAUAUUGCAGAAGAUAAUGGGACAGUAG